AUGGCAGAUGAUGACGUUCUGCAAGCUAAACUCCUUAGUUUCAUUUGCGGUAACGGCGGUUUUGUCGACUUGACUGUUCUUUUAAAAUCAUCGUCGCCUCUUGGAAGCAGAAAAUCCGAAGAAUCAGCUAAGAAAUGGUUGGAAAGUCGUCAAGGACCUCGGGCUGGGUUCGCCUGCGUCAAAGAUAAAAAUGGCGAAAUCGUUGGUGUACGAGUUGAUUUGGGAAAGAAAAUUUGUCACCGAUAUGCGACAAAAGGGGUCUGUCACUUACGACGAUGUAGGCAAGGCACCUGCAAAAACUGGCACAUUUGUAAAACCUUCGUGGAAGGGAGAUGUAACGAAUUUUGUGAGCUUUCACAUGAUUUUUACAGCGACGAUAAUUGGGAAAUAGUGGAAGCUCUCGACCUUCCUUUUUAUAUAAAUUCAAACGAGUCAAUGAAGAAAAUUGUGUCCUGGAAUUUGCCACAGGUUUGCGCGUUGUAUCAAAGAAAUGAAUGCACAUGGAGUGAAUGUCCGUAUAUUCAUGUUUGCACCCAGUUUAUUAAAGCAUCGUCACAUUCAAAUUGUUUCUUGCCACAUGACUUUGAGGAUUCUCAUAACUUCGCGAUUCUCGAGAAAUACGACUUGAUACCAUCCAGUCAAGUAGUAAACAUUGAUUAUAUUCGAUCCAAUGUUUUGAUUGUGGAGGAACAGAAGCGCAUCAACACAGCUGUUGCCAGUUCUGAUCCAGCAAAUUCACAGACUUUGUUACCAUCCUCACAAACUCAAGAGGUUUCUGAAUUUAAGUCUUCGGUUCCCUCAACCCAUUGUUUUCUAACCGAGUGGAGAGUAUUCGAAUGUCUGUGCAAAGAGUAUGGCUCAUCGGCUUCUAUCCAAGAUAUUGCAGGGCGAAAGGAUUUAUUCCCUAACAGAGUAGAGAGCGCCGAAGGAUGGUUUCGUGAAAUGACCGAGGGAAGCUUCUUGAUAACCAGAGGCAGCCAAGGAACGAUUGCAGAAGUCAGUGCUUUCUCUGCAAGAACUCGCAUUUGUGUGAGUUACAAUGAGAACGGAAGAUGCCAUAGACCUGACUGCUCAUUUUUGCAUAUUUGUAGAGAUUUCGUCACCAACUCUUGUAGCAAUGGCGUGACAUGUCCGCAGAGGCACUACUUUCAUAAUAGCAGAGAUAAGGCCUUUCUGAGCAGGAUCAAGCUCGACCAGUUUAACGACCAGCAGCUGCGGCAGCUCGUACUUUCUUCAACACCCCGGAUUUGUGUCGAGUACAACAAUGGUAUUUGCAACCGUGGUGACGACUGCAACAGGAUUCACAUGUGUUGUGGUCAUAUCAGGAAGUGUUGCGGUGAUAUGAAAGAAUGCGGCUUGGAUCAUGAGGAAGCCAUGGAUACCAAACACACUCAAGCAGUUCUUGGGCGUUAUUUGUUACACAAUGUUGGAAAACAUGAAGCAAUUGCGAUGAUUCUUGAUGAUAAACUUUGUCUUUCAGGCAAAGAGAAAGCGAAGGGACACAUUCACAAGGACAAGCCAGAUGCUUACAUCUGCUCAAGAUUUCUUGUUGACGAAUGUAGCAAAGGCACAGAAUGCCCAGAACAUCACUUAUUUAAGCCGUAUCACUGGCAAUAUCAAGGAUUUGGAUCCGAUGAAUGGAAAAGUUUUGGUGACGUGGACAACUUUGCAUUGGAGAAGCUCUAUUGUGACGUAAGUGUCGAGGCACCAGUUGAUUUCAAGCCAGCGCAAUCCCUUGAAGUCUCUUCUAUUCAAAGACCGGGAAUUCGUCCUCUUGUCGAUGGAUGUGAAGUCAAGAUCGACGUAAAUAAUAUGACUAUGUCCAUUUUGCAACAAUCAUCAUCGCAUGGCUCAUUCACCGGAACAUUAAGGCGGCUGUCCACCACUGCUUAUGAAACUGAAAGUGGUGUCAUGAGUACGAAUUGGACGUGGUACUGGAAAGACAAUGACAAUGUUUGGUGUGCGUACGAUAAAGAUCAUUCGGACCGUAUAGAGAAAGCUUUUCUCGAUGACCGCCCCGAUUACAAGUUUAAAACCUCAGAGCACGAAUACAAUUUGGUAUUUCAUUCAGCAAGAAACAUGCAUCAAAUAAAUCUGAAAUUUGGAACCAAGAGGGAGGUUAAAAGACGACCCGAAAAAGCUUUAACAAACGAGGACAUUAAAGACUUGAUACGGGCUUACGAAGAGAGAAUAGGAGGAGAAAGGAGAAAGGAGAAACGAAUGAGAAAGAUAGAAAACAGAACGGCCAUGUAUAAUGUUCCAAAACACUGGUCUUCCAUGCCACCCGAUACGCAGUAUAUUCGCGUCACGUUAACGACAUCAUCGCAGGAAUAUAAAGAAGUGGAACAGUUGUUCCAAAAGUCGAUCAACAACCACACUUCGAUUGAAAGGAUCGAGCGUGUACAGAACCCUUUUAUGUGGGAAAAGUAUUGCAGGAAGAAAGAGAACAUGAGCCUAAGAGCAGGGAGGGAUCCACAGGCUGUUAACGAGAAGAACUUGUUUCAUGGAACCACUCCAGACUCGGUGGAGGCCAUCUGCAAACAAAACUUUGAUUGGCGUCUGCACGGAAGAAACGCGUGUAACUAUGGUGAAGGUAGCUAUUUUGCAGUGAGUGCAUCAUACAGCCAUUCCUAUGCAAAGAGAGAUGGCAAUAUGUCUCAAUUCAUGUUCUUGACCAAAGUUCUCGUUGGUUCUUAUGCAGUAGGUCGCUCCAAUUAUCGAAGACCACCGCUGAAGCAACCAUCAAACCCCGCUAGCGAUUUGUACGACUCUUGUGUAAAUAACAAGUCCAAUCCCACAAUCUUUGUGGUCUUCGACACAGAUCAAUUAUACCCAGAAUACAUAAUCCAAUACUCCUCUGCCCAGCCGGAAACACUCGCUCUAAAUACCUCAAGACCCCAACCGAAACCUAACUCUUCCCUUAAUAGCCUCGACACAUAUUAUCAAAGGAUCCAACCUGCUAGGAACAUAAGCAGCAAUUUAGCUCCCACCGUAGCUGCUCAGCCGAAGGCACCCACUCGAAAUACGGCAGGAAUAUCCCAGCUGAAACCUGCAAGUUCUCACCCUUCCAUUGAUAUCGUUAGCCUAGUUCCUCCACCGAGCCUACCUGCCGGCAACAAUAGCAGCUAUUUAGCCCCCGCUGUAUAUGCUCAGCCGAAGGCAACCACUCUAAAUACAGCAGCAAGACCCCGGCUGAAACCUGCAGGUUCUCAUCCUUCCCUCAAUAGCCUUAGCACAGUAUCUAAACCGAGCCUACCUGCCGGCAACAGUAGUACCUAUUUAGCUCCAGCUGCAUCUGCUCAGUCGAACAUACCCACUGGAUAUAGGGCAGCAAGACCCCAACCGAGACGUGCAAGCUCUCACACUUCCCUUUAUAGUGGGCUUGGUUCUACAUCUUGGUCGAGUGGAUCUCCAAAAACAGGUGCAAAUAACACAAAUAGAGGAAAAAGGAAUAAGGAAAAAGGAAAAAGGAAAAAAGUUUGCAUGAUCAUGUGA